CAUGGAGGCGCUGCGGCGCGGAGCCCGAGCGUCCGGCAAGGCGAGCGCCCAGGCGGCGUCCCUGGCCGACGUCCUGAGGCUUCCGGAGAGGCAGGCGACGGGGCUGCUGUUCCCGCUGCGGGAGGUGGCGCGGGCCGUGGCCCCGGAGGCGGUGCCCGCCCCCUUCUGGACGUUCCGGCCCAGCCUGCGGGCCGUGGCGCGGGCGGAGCGCCUCUUCGUCCCUUCCGCCCGCCGCCCCAUUCGCUUCGCCAGCUCCGCCGUCCGCCUCGACCACGCCCCGACGCCCGCCCACCCCGAGGUCUGCUUUAUCGGCAGAAGCAACGUUGGAAAGUCGUCCUUGCUCAAGGCUUUGUUUUCACUGGCCCCCGAGGUGGAAGUCAGAGUAUCCAAAAAGCCGGGGCACACAAAGAAGAUGCAGUUUUUCCACGUUGGAAAGUGUUUUACAAUCGUCGAUAUGCCAGGUUAUGGCUACCGAGCACCCGCAGAUUUUGUCGACAUGGUGGAGGCCUACCUGAAAAACCGGCAGAGCCUGUCAAGAACAUUUUUGUUAGUGGAUAGCGGUGUAGGAAUUCAGAAAGCAGACUACACUGCUAUAGAAAUGUGUGAAGAAUUUGCAUUACCUUAUGUGCUGGUGUUAACCAAAAUCGAUAAGGUUUCCAAGGGCUACUUAAUAAAGCAGCUGUUCCAGAUCCAAGAGUUCGUGAACAAGCACACCCAGGGAUGCUUCCCCCAACUCUUUCCUGUGAGUGCUGUCACCUAUUCUGGAAUCCACCUGCUGCGUUGCUUCAUCGCAGAUGUAACGGGAAACCUCCCCCCAGAUGUUCCCCAUGCCCACAUGGAGGAGACCGCUGAGACCAGUCACCCUGAACAACUUGACACGUUGUAGGUGUGGUGAGGGUCACCCUGGACCCAAUCUGCUGAGAGAACCACGUGGGCAAAGCAACCCAGCCAGCAGCAGCGAAGUAGAGCCACUGCCAUGAGGCGACACAGGCCCGGCCCUCAACUUGGAGUCCUUAAAAUGGCUUAUCUAGGCCCCAAGGUUCGUGACUUGGCAGUUCCUAACCCCGAUCUUGGAAAAGUGGCAACCGACUAAUCCACUGAGGGACAGCUGGGAUGAGUUUCAGCCACUCCCUGUCACUGUCCCAUUUCCCAGGCAGUCUGGACUCCGGCUUAAGGCAACAAAUAAAAAUCCACAUGGCUUCAGUCCUGAUGGUACAGUCUCAA